CCAGAAGACGAGCAGGUUGGAGCCUGAGUCAGAGAGAGGAGAGAGAGGGGGAGAGAGGAGAAGCCUACCACAGCAGGGGGUGAGGACCAGCAGGAGGUCUUUGGUGCGUCUGAAGAAGUCUGCCUUCGGUUCUCACUGAGCCACUCUGAGAAUGGAUCUGUCUGCCCGGGAGCUGUGUCUCAACUUCACUGUGGUCCUGGUCACGGUUAUCCUUAUGUGGCUCCUUGUGCGGUCCUAUCAGUCCUGAGACGGCAUGCCACUCUCCAGGGAUUGACUGCAACGCUCCAGAGCUGCCUGCUGUAUGUCCUGAGAUCCCACUGCUGUAAUGGGAUGCCUUUCCUGGCACCCUAAGGCACUUCUGACCUGCACACACCACCUCUGAGGCGCCUCCCGUGUUAGGAUCAAUUGUGUGUUCUCUAAAGAUGCUGCUCUCAAGGGCUGCCGAGAGUUUGCCAGUCAACAUUAGAUUUAUUCCCCAACGCUUAUGGCAAAUGUGUUAGCUAAGCCACAAGGUUAAAAGGAAACUGGAUUCAUGAUGAUGUAGAAUUAUAAAAAGCCCCUAACCUGUCUCACCACACAUCCCUCCAACCCACACUGUCUGCAACCAAACUUUAAAUCAUCCCGCCAGAAGAAAGAAAUGUUAGAGGAAGUCUUUGUCAGCCCCUGUCACAGCUACCGUGUGAAUAAAGUUAAGUCA